GCACAGCACGCUGCAGGUGGUGGUGAUGGUCACAUACCAAAUGGAGGAUUAGAAAUAUCCUAUUCUCAUCUCUCAAAGUCGCGAUAAUCCGGCUGUGACCGCUGUUGCGCAUGGACUCUUGCCUGUGAUGGGUCAUCGAAUUGGUACUACGGUGUCUACUAAAACUUCCUUUCGCAGAUUCUCUAUCUACGAAUGAAGCUGAAUAGCUCGAAAAAUUUCGCACUGGGUGAAGCACCUCGUCGGGGCUCGUGGAUAGGUGCGUGCCGACGUGGUUUGGCGAAGGAAUCGAGUCUGGAUUGGUGUAACAAUGUGUGUGAGCGCCGAGAGAUCGCUACCAGUCUGCUGGAUAUGUUAUCAUCUGAAGUGCAGUAUGCGAGCAAUGUAGCCCGAUAUCGAUGUCUAGUGAUUUGUGUUUUCGACGCUCGUACGAUAACUAGGCAGGAAGCCAGGGUUGUGCUUCCCCGCAAGCGAGAUGAGGAGAUCCAGGUUCAUCCCCCACGGAGGUUUCCUGCCUGCGCUCGGUUUGCGUUCAUCGUUUGCUUUGAUCGGGCGGCACAGUUUCGCGCGCACACUGAGUCGACGAUCUCGGAGGAACAUCUGUUUGUGGAAAGUGAACGGUCGCGGGAGUUUCCAGCUGCCGUACCGAUCUGGCUGUGCCGCAACGUUGUAAGAUUGCAAAGGGGGCCGGGGAUGUUAUCGGACGAUACUCACGCUUCAACGUCUUUUGCUUGACGCUUGACGCUUGACAAGGCUGUUCUUACAAACAUCGAAAGGUACAGCAACAAUGUUGGACGGCAGCCUCCCAAAGUGCCGAAGCCAGGCAGACGCCGUAGGUCUGUCUGCCAAGAGCCCUAACUAU